UGUUAGAUAAUAAACCUUUCAAGCAUAUGCAAACCAGUUUGAGCCCAACGCACCCGCUGAACAGUCGCAGGCAAUGUACGAGGACGAGGAAACGGGUUACCAAGGCAACGAGGACGAAAAAGACAACAAAGUGUCGCCCAAACAAAAACAAAAGAAAAGCAGGCGUCCAACAAAUGUGCAAACAGCAAAUGAUUUGAGUGCCAAAUCGACUGCCAGCUUUUUCAGUUUAUGCAUUACGGGCCAAAUAGUGUCGGCGACAUUUCCCUUGGGCCCGGACAAAGAUUUCAUAUUCUGUCGCUAUGAGCUGGUAGCUGGACCGGACUGGCAGCUGGCAUCGGGUCCUCAAUAUGGAAUUACACAGAUGUCGACCAACAAGAGUGGGCAUUUUAAUGACAAAAUUGUCUUCAAUAUGCCCAUCGAAGUCACGUACAAGAGCACCAGCCCCUUCGGUUGGCCACAGAUACUAGUCAGCGUCUUUGGACAGAACGGAAAUGGCAACGAAAGCCUGAUGGGCUAUGCACACGUUUAUAUGCCCAUCUUCGGGAGUCGUCAACAGAACGAGCAGAUCUCAAGCUUAAGUCAAGCGCCCAUCCUAAGGCCCAGAAGCCCAAAUAUGCUGGGAGAUAUAACAAGUUGGCUUUUGCGACGCCAGCCGGAGCUGAAGAAUCCCAAAAUACUAUUAGACGGUGCGCAGUCGAAAGGACUAUCUAUGGAAUCCUAUGGCACUCUGGAGUUCCAGCUGCAUGCGGUGAUGCGAGGAGCUCGUAAGCUAGGUUACAAUUGGCAUGCCUGAAACCAGAUAAUGGUAAUAUAUGUAUAUAUAUUUAUAUAUAGAUAUAAGUAUAUAUGUGUGUGA